AUGAAACCGUCUAUGGGAAAAGACUGUACUGGUCUGAACCUGGGCACCAUGUAUUGCCUCUCCACACUGAAGAUUGGCAUAUUCGCUCCAUCCGAGAAUGACGUCUCUCCAAGUCCGACUUCGACGAAAGCACCGUUCGGUAGCGGCACGCCGACGCCAAUCCAAAAUGGCAUAGCCGCUGGCUGCACCAAAUUCUACAAGGUGAUUUCAGGAGACGGCUGCUGGGCCAUCUCCAACGCAAACUCGAUUGCACUGACGGAUUUCUACGCCUGGAAUCCCGCAGUAGGAUCCGACUGCCAAAACUUGUAG